GGAAAAAAGGUUCAACAGACGGGUUGGUCCUUUCCGUCUGUUGCCUCUUCCUGUUUGCUCAUUUGAUUGCUAUUAUCGUUCCACCCGUCGCCGUCGCCUCGCGCUAAUGGGACAGCGCACCACCGUGUUCCUUAGACAGUGCGCACAAGCAAGUCCGUCGUCACAGUGGCAAACGUUUCCCAAAGCUCGGCGGAGAAUGACCGUCCUGUGGGUAAUUGUCGGUUUCCUGUUCACCUCCUGCGCUGGACAGUCGCUAAACGACACGUACGGUGGGCUGAUUAUCGAACACGUGCGCGCAGAAUCAUCCCCAGCACCGGUGCCAACGGCCCAAUGGAAUCAACUGAAGCGCUACUCGAUGCAUUACGGCGGGGUGGCCAGCAGCAGUGCAGCAGGCGAGGAGUCGACCGCCCAGUCCAAUGUGUCCCUGCUCAGUGAAUCGCUUUCCUCUCGUGCGAUGUCCGGUGUGGUCGGUGGCAUCAAGCUGAUCAUUCUCGCGUUUCGUGUGAUUGGCGAGUUUCUGCGCAAGUUCGGCGCGGAGCUGCGGGUGGCCAAGUGUCUGCUGAUGUACUCGCUUACCUUUCAGCCGCUCAGCGCGAAGGUCGCAAGCGGGACGAUCGUGAACUGGCUGACCGGGUACUUCGGUGCGGAAGAUGCGCGUGAUCUGUACCGGUUUUUGUCGCGCAAUCUGUUCGCGCAGCUUGGGCUUUCCGGGGCGGAUGUGUGAAGUUGAGCUGUGUGUGUGCGAUGGGCCGGCAAGGUGCGAAUUUUUCACAAAAGUUCGGAUUAUUGUAGGUUUAUGCGGGUCGGCAUCGAAUCCGGUUCUUUCAUAAGCACCCGAUAUCUGAUUAAUGCCUAAAAUCGAAGCAGAACACAUCUCAUCAAUCGAAUUUGAUACUGCUAACAAGGAGAUAAGUUAAUACCUAUAAUUAAAACAAAAUAAAAUAAAAUACUUUUUGGUGGAAUCCUUCCAUUCACCACUCAAACCGUCUGGUAGUGUCUCUAGUAACCUUGGUUUGCAUGAAACGUCAUGUUGGACCGUUUGACAGUUGGUGUAUUCUCGUCAAGAUCAAAGUAGGCGGACAAACUGUGCGGUUGAUCAACGGUAAUCUUGCGUUCCCUUGUUGUUGCCGAACUCCGCCAUAUCGUGUUCUUUUCUUUCGCAAUUGUUCCGCAAAAGUGUUCACAAAAUAAACCGAAACGUUCUCCGCACGCUCACCCUACUGUGUAUCGUGCUUUUGCUUAUCGCUCCCUGUGCCUAUGAGAUCGAAAAGGUCAUCACGCACCCAAUCUACCAGCUACAGUUACAACGAGAUGGCUAAGUCUUCACUUCAUUCGACUUUGAAGUUUCUGAGGAAAGUCAGCCCGGUACUACCUGUGGUCAGGAUUGCUUUGCAAUACACACUCGGGUUUCAUUCGCCCACCAUCGAAUGGGCACAAUCUCUCUUGCCCGACUGUUUCACCCUGAACGAGGUCCGAGAGAUGCUGAAAAAAUGGUAAAACACGCGCAGACACAUGCUUUUUUUGUUGAAUUACUCUUUAUUAUACGGAUUUUUCGACGAUUACACCCCAGCAAAGAUGAGGUGAAGUGGUCGUCCACAUCGUUCGCCCUCCCCUCUCCCGACGAGACUAACAACAUUACGGGAGACACUACUAAACGGAACUCCGGCUCCUGCAAAUCGUAAAUAUAUAGAACUACAUGUAUCUUUUUCUAUCAUCACUAGCUGAUUCGUUCGCACGCACUUCGUUCUUCGUUCUCUGCUGCUCUUUAACGUUACAUUGAUUUCUAUCGGAGGUUAAAACAACACCUCACUGUAGGGGACAGAGUAGUGGCAUCUUUCACGCGCUAGUCCCUAGUCGCGCAGAAGAUGAUCAUAACUUAAGGAAAGCGCCAAGAGGCGAAAAGGCGAAAAUAGAGGGAAGAUAGUAAUAAAAUAGUAGACGUACAGAAACACAGACACACACAGACAGGAGCCUGUGUGAUCCUUCAUCGCGAGAUCACCAUCGGGGGACAUGGUGGGCAGUUGGUAAAUAGAUAACGUUGGUCCUGAAACCAGGAACGAAUUCCUCACAAUAAAAUAUAUGGUAAAAAAAAAUACGGAAAUAAGAAAGGAAACUA